CAUUAGACUUAAUGUUAUGUUCUAAAAAUUGAAACCGACCUGCCUAACCCUGUGUGUUCUUCUCAGUAUAAGUCUUUUUAUUUAUUAUAAAAUUCAAACUUCUAAAAUGAGAGCUACUACAGCAUGCAUCAGAUAUUUACUGUUCGUUUUUAAUUUAGUGUUCGUGAUAUGCGGACUUGUACUGGUAGUAGUUGGUGUUGUUUCAACCAAAAAGGAUUACACAGAAUUCUUGAACAGCAAAUUUGUCACGGCGCCUAUCAUUUGUAUAGUUGUAGGAUGUAUAAUUUUCGUGGUAGCAUUCUUUGGAUGUUGUGGUGCUCUUAAAUAUAAUUAUUACAUGGUGUUAACCUUUGCACUACUCAUAAUUGCCAUAAUUGUUAUUGAACUUUCUGGUGCAGUUUUUGCAUUCAUAUACAGGGGACAGGUUCAAGAAUUUCUUAAGGAAAGCAUGAAUACAAGCUUGAGCCAGCAAAGGAAAGAGGCUGUAAGGAUAUGGAAUGAAAUGCAAUCAACCUGGGAGUGUUGUGGCGUUGAUAGCGCAGAGGAUUACGAAAACUUAAAGCUUAAAAUUCCAAGAAGCUGCUGUAAAAAAAAGAUGUGCCCAAGACGACACAUAUGUCCCGAUAAAUGCCCGAUGUCAGAGGCUUGGAAAGAAGGCUGCUUUCCGACAUUGCUACAAAAAAUUAAAGACUCAAAUGCUGUCAUUGGUUGUAUUGUUGUUGGCAUUGCUCUAGUUGAAUUUCUGGGAUGCAUUUUUUCUGUGUACUUAGCAAAUGCAAUCAAGAAAGAUGAAGAUUAGGUUAUAUAUCAAAAAUACCUCGACGUGCUCUAAAAUUUGUUUAAUUU